AUGUUGGUGCCCCCCGCAUCCAACGACGAUAGGCGGGUUGAAUUUGUGGCUCUUACCGCAGUUCAUAUGGAGAGGAGCGAACCAUCGACCCCGGAGCGCGCGCACCCCUCUCACCGCACCGGGCUUCUCGGUACCCCGCUGCCGGGGCGUCCUGGACCACGGGCGACCACCUCAGCCUCCAGCAAGCGCUACAGAAAGUUUCAGAACUUCUUGUACAACGUACUGGAGAGACCACGAGGAUGGGCAUUCAUCUACCAUGCGUUCAUUUUCCUGCUGGUGUUCAGCUGUCUGGUGCUGUCUGUGUUCUCCACCAUCCCAGGCAAUCAAAAGAUAGCCAACGAAGGCCUCUUCAUCCUGGAGUUUGUAAUGAUCGUGGUGUUUGGUCUGGAAUACGUUGUGAGGGUUUGGGCGUCCGGCUGCUGCUGUCGUUACAGAGGAUGGCAGGGGAGACUACGCUUCGCCAGGAAACCCUUCUGCAUCAUAGACUUCAUAGUGUUUGUGGUGUCCUUGGCGGUGAUCGCAGCGGGCACCCAGGGGAAUGUCUUUGCCACCUCUGCCCUGCGCAGCAUGCGGUUCCUCCAGAUCCUCCGGAUGGUACGCAUGGAUAGACGAGGAGGCACCUGGAAACUACUGGGCUCUGUGGUCUACGCCCACAGCAAGGAGCUGAUUACAGCGUGGUACAUUGGUUUCCUGGUCCUGAUCUUUGCAUCCUUCCUGGUCUACCUGGCAGAGAAGGACGUCAACACAGAGUUCAACACCUACGCAGACUCCCUCUGGUGGGGAACGAUAACUCUCACCACCAUCGGCUAUGGUGACAAGACACCCCGCACCUGGUUGGGGAGACUUCUGGCUGCCGGCUUCGCUCUCCUGGGCGUGUCCUUCUUCGCCCUUCCUGCCGGUAUCCUGGGGUCAGGCUUUGCCCUGAAGGUGCAGGAGCAGCACAGACAGAAGCACUUUGAGAAGAGGAGGACUCCUGCUGCCAGCCUUAUACAGGCUGCGUGGCGUCUGUACUCUACUGAUGCUCAGCACUCCUACCUGACAGCCACAUGGUACUUCUAUGACAGCAUGCUUCCAUCCUUCCGCAGCAAAAUAGGUUUUCGAGACCGGAUGCGGAUGAACAACUCUCGUUCGUCCCAGGCAAUCCGGAGCAAGGCGUCCCCACUGCCUCCCAGGACGAGUUUCCGCCAGUCGCCCAGCACGGAGAAUGUCCCAGAAGCCACCAGUCCCGGGAAGGUGCAGAAGAGCUGGAGCUUCAACGACCGCACGCGGUUCCGCACCUCCCUACGACUCAAACCCAGACCUCCUGCAGACGUGGAAGGAGUAGGGGAGGACAGUGUUGAAGACAAACCAUAUUGUGAUGUAGCCAUGGAGGAGGUGAUCCCAGCAGUGAAGACUUUGAUACGGGCUGUCAGGAUUCUGAAGUUCCUGGUGGCCAAGAGGAAGUUUAAGGAGACUCUGCGUCCGUACGACGUGAAGGACGUCAUAGAGCAGUACUCUGCUGGACACCUGGACAUGCUGGGGAGGAUCAAGAGUCUACAAACCAGAGUGGAUCAGAUAGUGGGUCGUGGAUCGUCCUACCAGCCAGAUAAUAAGAAGGUGAGGAGUGAGAAGGGAGAGAAGACCCCUCCAGAACUGGACCUUCUGGACGAGCUCAGUAUGAUGGGACGGGUCAUUAAGGUGGAGAAACAGGUGCAGUCGAUAGAGAACAAGCUGGACCUCCUGCUUAACUUCUACACCCAGUGUCUGAAGAAAGGCUCGUCCAACUUCACCCUGUCCUCUCUGUUGGAACCAGACCUGACGUCAGACUACCACAGCCCCACGGACCACCGCGACCUCUUCCCCUCUGCCAACACACUCAACAUCUCCCACUCAGAGUCCAGCAAUAUGGAGUGA